UAGAUGAAUACAGAACUAAAUUUAUGUCUUAGCAAUUGGAAAUAUUCUUGGUUACUACAAUCACGUGAUCAGUACGUCACAUGCAUUGCAGACUUGCAGCAGUUGCAGGCAGUCAGUCAGUGAGUUCGCCAUUGUGAUACAGAUUGGUGGUUCCUCUACAGUUUGUGCGAAGUAAAAUCCGUUUUUUCACGCUGACUCCUGACGUGAGGUGGGACAAGAAUGUCUUCUCCAAGCGCUGGGAAGAGGCGUAUGGACACCGAUGUUAUUAAACUAAUUGAGAGCAAGCAUGAGGUGACCAUUCUGGGAGGUCUCAAUGAAUUCUGUGUGAAGUUUUAUGGUCCCAAAGCCACCCCAUAUGAAGGUGGAGUUUGGAAAGUGCGUGUCGACCUUCCUGAGAAGUACCCUUUCAAGUCACCUUCCAUAGGAUUCAUGAACAAAAUCUAUCAUCCAAACAUCGAUGAAGUGUCUGGCACAGUUUGCCUAGAUGUCAUAAACCAAGCCUGGACAGCUCUUUAUGACCUUUCAAAUAUCUUUGAGUCCUUCCUGCCUCAGCUGUUGACGUACCCCAACCCAAUCGAUCCUCUGAAUGGGGAUGCAGCAGCCAUGUACCUUCACAAGCCAGAGGAAUACAAGAAGAAAGUUCAAGAGUAUGUGAAGAAGUACGCUACAGAAGAAGCCCUUCGAGAACAAGAGGAGGAAGACUCCAGCAGCGAGAGCUCUAUGAGCGACUUUUCAGAUGAUGAGACAAAAGACAUGGAACUUUAAGUGAUUGAGAAAAACUCAUCAGAGACAGGGGCGUUUCCUACUACCUUGGUGUAUUGUGCGUGCCAGCACACGUAUGUUGGGCACCCCUGCCUACCACCAUCAUGUGUACAUUACAUAACCUUACUUUUAACUCUGCAAAAGGCAGGUCCCAUGUGGCAUAACAGUGUUCUUUGCUUCAGACUCAUCUAACAAGCUUAGGUUCGAUCGGUUCGAUCAUGACUUUGGGUAAAGUGCAAGACAUGCUCACCAGCGGAUCGAGACUUAGGGGCAGUUCACGCAAGACUUUUUUUUUUUUUUUAAAUCCGUACUGCACUAACCUCCAUUUUCAGUCCCUUUUAGGAAUGCUUUGACAUACCCAUUAAUCUGGGGAAGAGUGACAGGUGAUGCAAAAGAAUUAAAUUAUUAUCACUACAUGUUGUCUCUCUUUUCAAUGUUUCAAAUGGAGUGUGCGUUUUUUGCUUUCACUCAGUAAACUGACACAUUCAAAUGUUAUCCUGAAUCUAUGCUAAGAUUAAAAUGCUGUAAUGAAUA